AUGCCGCUCCAUGGAGUUCCGCAGUCCGUAUGUGGACGAGUGUUUGACAUCCAGUUCACUCUGCAAGAAACUGGGUCUGAAAACGAAGAAUGGGACCUUAAGUGGAAGAACAAAGGUCCCCAGUUUCAGACCCAGGAGGAGGGCACUGGUGGUGUCACGCAGCGAGCAGGUUUUGGAGAUGCCCCGAUUGACUUUGAUAACGAUAUCAUCAUUUGCAGAGGCAUAGGAGACGUCUUUGAGGAAUGUGCCGAAGAACACACACAACCUCCAGUGUUUCCCCGAGAACUCAGAGAAUUUAUUACGAAAUUCAAAGUCCGCUUGAUUCCUCCAGACGAGGCCGACCUCGUUCUCAAUACUCUAUUUUAUGGGGAAUUAAUCGAGGUUGAUAAGAAGCGGGUUUUCUUCGACACUCUUUUCGAAUACUCGAAGGAUGAGCAGGUUCCCCUCUGGGCCGGUGUAUACUGGCAACAAAAGGGAAAGACAGACUAUGAUUCAAACGGUUUGCCAAUUGCUAAGAAGUUGAGCCUGACGUCUUUGCAUGAAGAUGAUCGUGCCUCAGACUCUGUUCGAGACACCCAGCCGUACAACAUUUGGCUGGACAAGUGGCAUGAAGAGGGCUAUCCUGAUAUAGACAGAGACUUUGCAUACCCCGCCAUUGUCGUGGUUCGGGACUGUGGGAACGCCUGA